GUGGGCGGCGCCCUCGAACUUGACCCGUGCUUCUUCGCAUCGUAUAUCUCUCGGACAUGGCGCAAUCUGAAGGCGCAGGACCCGCAGGCUUGCACGCUCCCGUCGCGCGAGCGCCGUCAGGGCUUUGUGCCGCUCUACUACCACCGAACCAUCGUGGCGCAUGGCCUGGAGCCGCACACGGCGCAGUUGUUGCGCACCUGUAACCACCCACGCAAGCUCUUCGUGCUGUCACCCGUCAAGGGCCAGCGCCUCGGCCUGGCGCAGCACGCCUGCGUGGUCUCGAGCAUGGUGCGGGCAGAUGGGCGGUGGAUCGGCAUCAUCCUCGCCGAUCCGCCCUUCCGGAGCCGCAACGACUACGUGGCGCUGCGCUCGCGAUCGCCAGUGCCGACAAACCUCAGCAUCACGCCCUUUCUGGGCGGCUGUGAGGACUUCCAGUACAACGCGGCCGUCCACGCGACCAAGAGCGACCGUCGCGGCAUGCUCGACGAACUAGUUUACUACUGGACCGCGUCCGGGCCGCCGGCGGGUAUUUUCGAGGCGUCCGGGCCGCCCUCGUUGCAUGCGCUCGCUUACCUGCCGCUCCGGAUCGUGGCGGCCGAGUGGGUCAACUAUAUAACACUCGUGGACUUCAGCGCCAAGGAAUACGAGUGGAAUGGCAGCGACAACGACGCUCCGGGGAGAGGCACUCGUGAUGCUACCGCCGUAGCAUCGCGGACGGACUGGAAAGCCAAGGUCGAUGCCCUCGAUGCGCGGCUCCGUGCCCUACAGGCGCACUUCGACCACGGCGCUGCCAACGCCUGGGCAGCAUUGCGAUCCGACUACAUGUCCCUGGCGACCGAAAUCACAGAGCACGGGGCACGACUCGAGAGCAUGCUGGCCGUGGUGGCAUCGGGCAUGGCGCUGCUUGAGGGCCGUCGCGCCCUGGCCGAGGCGGCCAAUAUCACCCGACUGACGGUGCUUGCCUUCGUCUUUCUCCCGCUGACUUUCGUCGCCGGCCUCUUUAGCAUCGGUGGCUCCGAUGUGUAUGCGCCUGGAGGCUCGCACUUCUGGGUCUACUGGGCUGUUGCGCUCCCCCUAACGCUCAUAGUUAUGCUCAUGGUGCGC